CUUAAAGCUCCUUCCCCUCAUCAAUUUUGAAGCAAAUUAUAUCCCUUUCGCUUCUACAAAAGAAAGAAACCAAAUCACAACCUUCUUCCUUCAUCCUAUACCCACCGCUCAUGACACCAGACCCACCACACACUCCCUUACAAAUUCAACUUUAAUCUUCCUCUCUUAUGCGAUCAUGGAGGGUGGUGAUGAACUCCACCACCACCACCACCAACAUCACCGUCCCACCUUCCCAUUUCGGCUCCUCGAGAAGAAGGAAGAUCAUCAAGAGCCUGCUUCUUGUUCUACUUCUUCCUCUUACCCUUCCCUAGCCAUCUCCGCCGAACCCACCACCUCCAAUUCCAACCGAUCCAACCAGCUCCUUAACGUCGUCCCUCCCACCUCUUCCUCCUCCGAGCCCUCCAAUAAGAAGCCCCCACCCAAGAGAACUUCCACCAAGGACCGCCACACCAAGGUCGACGGUCGUGGUCGCCGUAUCCGAAUGCCCGCUCUGUGUGCUGCUCGCGUCUUCCAGCUCACCCGCGAGCUCGGCCAUAAGUCCGAUGGGGAAACCAUCGAGUGGCUGCUCCAACAGGCUGAGCCCGCCGUCAUCGCUGCCACAGGAACAGGAACGAUUCCCGCAAAUUUCACUUCGCUUAAUAUUUCGCUGAGAAGCUCCGGCUCCACCAUGUCCGUCCCUUCUCAGCUCAGAUCGUCUUACUUCAAUCCCAACUUCUCAGUUCAGCAGCGGAGAAGCUUCUUCCCCGGAAUCGGCUUGUCUUCUGAUGGCAACAACACCUCAACGCUUCUGAAUUUUCAGUCUAACAGUUUCUGCGGCAGUAGUAUGUUGCAAGCAAAGCAGGAGUUGCGCGGAGGCGAGGGAGGUGUCCAGUCCUCCUCGACGACGUUGGAUUUGACGGAGGCGGAAGAAAGUAUGGCGAGGAAAAGGCGAACGACGGAGCAAGAGUUGUCGCCAUCUACUUCAGCACAGCAAUAUCAAAUGGGAAGUUACUUGUUGCAAUCGAGCGCGGGGGCGAUUACGACGAGCCACGCACAGAUUCCGGCAAAUAUAUGGAUGGUGGCGAAUUCGAAUAAUCAAGUUGUGAGCGGGGAUCCUAUAUGGACAUUUCCGUCGGUGAACAAUAGCGCUCUGUAUAGAGGCCCUACCAUGUCCAGUGGGUUGCAUUUUAUGAACUUCCCUACUCCUAUGGCGUUGUUGCCUGGUCAACAAUUAGGGUCGUCUGGGAUUGGUGGCGGCGGAGCUGGGAAUAUAAAUGAGGGACAUUUAAGUAUGCUUGCCGGCGUCAGCCCAUACCGGCCAGUGAGUGGUGUUACGGAGUCUCAGGCAAGUGGGUCUCAAUCACACCAUGGUGGGGGUGGUGGUGGGGGAGGAGGAGGCGGCGAUGAUCGACAUGAUACAAACAGUCACCGCUCCUAGAGAGGAUCGCGGGAUCGAUUUGCUGGGGGUAAUAGAGUUUGAUGUGUGUUAACACACGUGAGGUUUGAUUUGCUCUUCAAAAAUUGAGUUUUUAUUUAUUCCAAAAUCAAUUUUUUGGUGUGAUGAAUAUUUUGGAAGAGAAUGAAGACGAGAGAAGAGAGGGUUUUUAGGGUUUGAAGGAUGAAUGAAUGACACUAUUUAACAACUGGGUAUUUUGGCUGCCUUUUCUUUUCCUUUUUUUUUUUUUUGGUUUGAUGAUUUAUUUCACUACACGAUAUCCCAUCAUCAUUGUUUGUGCAAUCCUCUUUUUCUUCCUUUUACUCUGUAAUUCUAUGCUUUCCCAUAUAUAUACGUCGAAGUGAAGAAGAAAA